AUGACCUCUGACAAAGUUUUAGACGUUGAGAAGCAGAGCAUAGUGCCGAGUCCGGCAGGGCAAAAGCCAGAAAGAGUAUCUGAAACUCUUUAUCAGCCCAGGACUCUCAAAUUCCGGCUAAUUAUAUCAUGCAUACUUCUUUCUCUCUUUGUCGUCAAACUGGAUCGGACAAUUGUCAGCACUGCUAUUCCUCGUAUCACGGAUGAGUUCGAUAGUCUGGGCGACAUUGGCUGGUACGGUUCGGCAUUCUUACUCGCGGGAGCAACUUCCCAGCUUCUCUAUGGCCAUAUAUACCGAGCUUACGAGAUGAAGCUUGUAUUCUUACUUUCCAUUCUAGUUUUCGAAAUCGGUUCUGCCAUCUGUGGCGCGGCCCCCAACUCAGGCACUUUCAUAGCUGGACGUGCUAUAGCUGGGCUCGCAUCCGCAGGGGUCUUCUCGGGGUGCAUGCUCAUCAUAAUACCCAUGAUCCCGCUGCACAAGAGACCUAUGUUUCAAGGCAUUCUUGGAGGAGUCUUCGGGGUUUCUAGCGUUAUGGGACCCUUGGUCGGUGGCCUUCACCAGCUCGGUCACCUGGAGGUUUGCUACCUAGGCUUGUGGUGCUUCUACAUCAAUCUUCCCAUCGGAGCAGGAACACUGAUACUUUUGUUCUUGAUAUGGGAUCCGCCGAAGUCAAACCACGAACCUGCUUCCAUUUGGUCUCAUCUAAAACAGCUCGAUCCUCUGGGCAUGUUUUUCUUCUGGGGCGGCUCGAUCUACUCGUGGAGUAAUAGUCGAAUAAUAGUACUCUUCAUUCUGUUUGGUGUCCUGAUCUUACUGUUUGCCGCCGUCCAGAUCCUCAGGCCAGAGACGGCAACGAUGCCAACAAGGGUAAUCUCUCAAAGAAGCAUGCUUUGCGCAGCUCUUUACACUCUCUGUAUAUCGAGCUCCAUGAUCUUGAUGGUCUACUUUCUUCCGAUCUGGUUCCAAACCGUCAAACUCGUCAGCCCCAUCAAGUCAGGCAUCUACACAUUACCGCUCGUGCUCAGUAUGGUUCUCGCAACGUUCAUAGCAGGGCUCAUGACGCAGAAGACCGGAUACUAUGUCCCAGCCAUGUACAUAUAUGCCCAUGUAUCUUGCUUUGGAACGCAAGUCCCGGGCCUCAUUGUCCAGAGAGUCCUCCCGCUUGCUGGUGUACCGAUCGGAAUCGCACUCGUAUUCUUCCUGCAGCAGCUCGGUGGUAGUGUCUUUGCUACAAUUGGUCAAUCGAUUCUUACCAAUUACCUUAUAUCUCAGCUUUCCGACAUUCUGGGGGCUUGCACAAAAAUCUUCCUCGCUUCAAUGGGGGUCUCGCUUGCUGGACUGCUUGCCUCUCUUGGUAUGGAAUGGAAGAGCAUUAAAAGGGAGAAGAAUGGGCAAGACGAACCUACGCAGACACCGGAGGUUGCUAACAAGGACGGGCAUGGCGCAACGUAA